AUGCAUCUGGUACCUAAAGAGAUCGACAAACUAGUCAUCUCGCAGCUGGGAUUGCUUGCUCAGAGACGAUUGGCGAGGGGAGUCAAGCUGAACCAUUCUGAAGCUGUGGCUCUCAUCGCCAAUAACCUUCAUGAGCUCAUUAGAGAUGGAAAUCACACUGUCUCUGACCUGAUGGCCCUGGGCGCCACGAUGCUAGGUCGUCGUCACGUCUUGCCCUCAGUCUGCACGACUCUUCAUGAGAUUCAAGUCGAAGGUACCUUUCCAUCAGGAACAUACCUCGUCACAGUCCAUAAUCCCAUCAGCUCAGACGAUGGAGAUUUGAGGAGAGCUCUAUAUGGCAGUUUCCUUCCUGUCCCAGACAACAGUAUCUUUCCUAUGGCAGCGACUGAAGAGUAUCAACUCGACAAGCAGCCUGGUGCUGUUGUUCCUGUUAAGACCAAGAAGAUCUCCCUCAAUGAAGGAAGAAAGAGGAUUCGUCUUCAGGUAACGAGUACAGGUGAUCGACCAAUUCAAGUUGGAUCUCAUUAUCAUUUCAUCGAGACCAACUCGCAGCUUGAGUUCGACCGUAUUCGUGCUUAUGGCUAUCGACUUGAUAUUCCCGCUGGAACGUCAGUAAGAUUCGAGCCCGGAGAUACCAAGACUGUUACCCUCGUUGAGAUCGGAGGCAACCGUGUUAUCCGCGGUGGUAACAAUCUUGCGUCUGGAGUUGUUGACCUCUCACGCGCCGACGAAAUCCUCGCUCGAUUACAAGAAGCUGGAUACGCUCACAAGCCAGACCCUGCCGGCGACAUGGCUCAUAUCGAUGUUUUUCAGAUGGACCAUGCGUCUUAUGCGACUAUGUUUGGCCCUACCACUGGAGACCUCGUUCGGCUCGGCAGCACAGAUCUCUGGAUCAAGGUUGAGCGCGACGAAACUGUCUACGGUGAUGAAUGUAAAUUCGGUGGUGGUAAGACACUGCGUGAGGGAAUGGGCCAAGCAACUGGACGACAUGAUGCCGAAACCCUCGAUCUCGUGGUGAGUAAUGCUCUCAUCGUGGACUGGACGGGUAUCUAUAAGGCAGAUAUCGGAGUCAAAGAGGGCAUGAUCGUCGGUAUCGGCAAAGCAGGCAACCCAGACGUUAUGGACGGCGUAACGGAGGGCAUGGUCGUGGGAAGCUGCACAGAUGUCGUAGCAGGUGAAGGAAAGAUUGUGACCGCCGGCGCUAUCGACUCGCAUAUUCACUUUAUCUGUCCCCAGCAAAUACCCGAAGCUCUUGCAUCUGGUGUAACCACCAUGCUUGGCGGUGGUACAGGUCCAAGUGCUGGCACGAACGCAACUACUUGUACGCCUGGUGUUCAUUACAUGCGUCAGAUGUUGCAGGCGUGUGACCAGUUUCCUAUCAAUAUUGGUAUUACUAGUAAAGGUAAUGAUAGUUCUCCUGAGGGUUUGCGCGACCAGGUUAAAGCUGGUGCUUGUGGUCUCAAACUUCACGAGGACUGGGGCUGUACUCCUGCUGCCAUUGACGCUUGUCUCAGUGUCUGUGAUGAAUUUGAUAUUCAAUGUCUUAUUCACACUGACACACUUAAUGAGUCUGGCUUUGUCGAAUCUACAAUCGCUGCUAUCAAGAACCGCACAAUUCAUACUUAUCACACAGAGGGUGCGGGAGGUGGUCAUGCCCCUGAUAUCAUCUCCGUGGUAGAGCAUGAAAAUGUUCUGCCAUCCUCGACCAACCCUACAAGACCAUUCACACGCAACACCCUUGAUGAGCAUCUCGAUAUGCUUAUGGUUUGUCAUCACUUGUCCAAGAACAUCCCAGAGGAUGUAGCCUUCGCCGAGAGCCGUAUCCGUGCUGAAACCAUUGCUGCUGAGGAUGUAUUACACGAUAAAGGCGCUAUCAGCAUGAUGAGCUCUGACUCGCAGGCUAUGGGCCGUUGCGGAGAGGUUAUUCUAAGAACAUGGAAUACUGCGCAUAAGAAUAAGGUGCAGCGGGGUUGGCUGCCGGAGGAUGAGGGCACAGGGGCUGAUAAUGCGCGUGUAAAACGCUAUAUCAGCAAGUAUACUAUCAAUCCGGCUAUUGCUCAGGGUUUUGGACAUGUCAUUGGAAGUAUUGAGGUUGGCAAGUUUGCUGAUCUUGUUCUUUGGGACCCUGCGUGGUUUGGCACCAAGCCCAGCUAUGUCCUCAAGGGUGGGCAUAUCGCAUAUGCUCAGAUGGGCGAUCCCAACGCGUCAAUCCCAACAGUUCAGCCCGUCAUUGCUCGUCCAAUGUUCUCGCCACACUGCGCCUCUGCGAGUAUUCUUUUCGUCUCCGCGGCGUCCAUCGAGACAGGAGCUAUCGCUUCAUAUGGUCUACGCAGCCGCAUUGAGGCUGUCAAGGAUUGCAGAAAUAUAGGCAAGAGUGAUAUGCGCCACAACGAUCUGAAGCCCAAGAUGCGUGUUGACCCAGAGAGUUAUACGGUUGAGGCUGAUGGUGAGGUUUGUGUGGCGGCGCCUGCAGAAACCCUACCACUUACACAACAAUUCUACGUAUACUAA